AUGUUUCUGUUCAUUGUAACUGAACUUUGGGGGGAUAUCUCCAUAGCCAACAAUACGCUUCCCAAUGAUGGAACGCGAUACAAACCUUCGUCUACAAGGGUGGCACGAUAUCAAAUCAUGAUAGCCACUGUGUUGGGAUUGUUUGCCUUCUUUAGUUUCUGUGUUUUAAGAGUGAAAUAUCCAAAGAUAUAUGUGGCGAACUUCAACCAUUACAAUUCCAACAAUUUACAUUCUUCUUCAAGGCAGAAUCUUCCGAGACUUCCCGCGAAGUCACUUUUUGGUUGGGUGCCUAUUUUGUACAAAAUUAACGAGACUCAGAUUCUCGACAAUGCGGGUUUAGACGCUGUGGUCUUCCUCGGCUUCUUCAAGAUGUGUAUCAAGUGUCUUGCUGCCUGUUUCAUCUUUGCUGUAGCAGUGAUAUCCCCAGUGCGAUACUUCUACACUGGAAAGGUAGACCAAGAUUAUCCAGACGACGACGACGAUGACGACGAUGACCCUACAACCCUUGUAAAGCGAAUGAGCAAAAUUGCAGUGACUGCCCUUGUUUCCGAGGAAGGAAACUACCAGAAGUUCUUGUGGUUGUACACUAUAUUCACGUAUGUGUUCACAUUUACAAUUGUAUAUUUUUUAUUUCAGCAAACCUCCAAGAUUAUCAAUAUGCGGCAAUCGUAUUUGGGUAAACAGAACUCGAUUACUGAUAGAACAGUGAAAAUCUCUGGCAUACCACCGAUACUCCGAGACGAAAUCGAUUUGAAGAGACAUAUCGAAAAACUCGGAAUCGGCGAAGUAGACUCUAUAAUUAUCGUCAAGGAAUGGAACAACUUGAACGCACUUUUCAAGCUCAGAAAGAGAGUGUUAAGAAACUUGGAAGUCUUCUGGGUGGAGUACUUUAACACAAAUGGCAUCAGGAACAAGAACGACUUGCUCUCAUCAAGUCUCCACCCUCAAAUACGAGAUCUGAUUAACCUAGAGGCGAGCCAAUCAUAUAGAGACACACCCGAAAAUGGUGAAACUAUAUCAGAACAACAUGACAAUGAGAAUGAUGAUACACAGUCAGUACGUUCUUCUUUAAUGGAGCAAAUUUCAGAACUAAUUGAGCAGGAUUUCGGCGAAGAUUCUGUUGGCCAUCUUCCUUUACUUAGCGACGAAGUACAAAACAGACCAAAGACAAGAAAGGGGCUAUUUGGCAUCUUUGGAAAGGAAGUGGACGCUAUAACUUACUGGAGUGAACAGUUGGAAAUUGUAGAUAAAGAGAUCGUAAAGGCUAGAACAAGAGAGUAUCCUGCCACUUCUAGUGCUUUUUUGACGAUGAAGUCUGUAGCUCAGGCCCAGAUGCUAGCGCAGGCCGUCCUUGAUCCAAAAAUAAACCAUCUCAUAACCACUCUUGCACCUGCUCCGCACGAUAUCAUAUGGAACAAUCUUUGUUUAACAAGAAGAGAAAGAAAUAUGCGAAUUUUUAUGGUCACCUUAUUCAUUGGACUUGUGAGUGUAUUGAUGGUUUAUCCUGUUAGAUACUUGGCCAAUUUCUUGAACAUCAACACGAUUUCUAGAGUACUUCCCAGGUUGGGAGAGUUCUUAAAGGCUAACCGUUGGGCAGAGACCUUGGUCACUGGGAUCCUUCCACCAUAUAUCUUCACCAUUAUGAAUGUGAUUAUACCGUUUUUCUACAUCUGGAUAUCACUGAAACAAGGGUUUACUUCUCAUAGUGAUGAAGAGUUAUCUUCGGUAUCUAAGAACUUCUUCUAUAUAUUUGUAAACUUAUUCUUGGUUUUCACUUUGUUUGGUACUGCUUCACUUAGCGAUACUACCAAGAUAGCAUAUGAGUUGGCCCAAUCAUUAAGGGACCUCUCUUUGUUUUAUGUCGAUUUGAUCAUAUUACAGGGUUUGGGCAUGUUUCCAUUCAAGCUUCUCCUACUUGGUAACUUAAUCAGAUUCCCCAUAGAAUCCUUAUUUUGGUGCAAAACCCCGAGGGACUACCUCCAGUUGUAUAAGCCACCAGUAUUCAACUUCGGCUUGCACUUACCACAGCCCAUCCUUAUUUUGAUCAUAACGAUCGUUUAUUCGGUGAUGUCAACUAAAAUCCUUACUGCUGGGUUGCUUUACUUCCUCAUUGGCUAUUUUGUAUACAAAUACCAAUUGCUCUAUGCAUGUAUUCAUCCACCCCAUUCAACAGGCAAGGUGUGGCCUCUUGUCUUCAGAAGGGUGAUUCUUGGUCUAUUGAUUUUCCAAUUGACUAUGGUUGGUACGCUAGCUCUCCAAGAAGCCUAUUUAUGUGCUUCAUUUUUGGCUCCAUUACCAGCCAUCACGGUCUUUUUCUUGUGGAGCUUUCAAAACAGCUAUAUACCGUUGUCAAUGUUCAUUGCCUUACGAGCAAUAGAAAAUAACCAACUUGGAACUCAUGACGACGAAGAAGCAUAUUUUGCUACUGUAGGUUCUACUUCUACAGAAGAAGAUGUCAACAGUAAGACCGUUGAUGAGAGACGCGAAUUGAACACAACCUACGAAUACCCCAACUUGUUGGACAAUCUCGACGGUCCCCUUAUAGCCAUAGAUAGAAACGAGGUCUUAAUAGUUAAUAGUGAAGGUGUUACGGUGAGAAAGGCUCAGAGUUUCGACGAAUGGGACUGGAGUAUAUAG